UUGCCAGCUCCUUUCAAGUCUGUAAUGUUGAAAUACCAGGACUUGAUCGAGCUUGGUACCUUGUUAUACCAUAGCAGCACCGUGGUUUUGGGGCUGCAAGUUUGGUCUCACUGGGCUAAAGAUCUGAUUUUCACAGCCAGUUUACAAAUGGCCAGCCUCCAUAGUGAGAGCUGGAGCUAUAGGGGGACUACUCUGCUGCAAAUUCCUUGACGGGCCAUAUAGGAUUUCUAGGACAUUUCCAUCCAAUAAACAGCACGAACAUGAAAAAUAUGUCCUCAACUUAGCAGUGUCCCUGUGCAUUCAAGGUGAAGUCACCACCUUAACAAAGUCCCUAGGGCUUCCCAGCACCUCCUGACCAGUAGUGUUUUCUGGAAUGUCAAAGUUCCCAAUUACAUAAAUACUCUUAAUGCAUUCUAGACGCGAUGGUCUUCUUGAAAGAAACUCAAAUUUAUUAUCAGUGGUCGCCUUGGAGCACCUGAAUUCACGCCUUAAAGGCAAGCAGGAUCCAGAAUGUUGGAAACACCAUUAAAUCUGUGGUCUCUUACAGCAAGUACGGCCCAAGAAUUUAGUAACCUAGGAAAGGCACUCAGAAGCCUCAAACCCCUAGGCAGAGGUCAAAUUCCCUAGGCCUAAUGAGUAUUCAUUGCCAGCGGCCAUGUCCACCUGACUCAGAGAUCCAGGCCAUCAGGCACUGAGGAAGACGCUCCCUGCGCGAGGUGCGCAGGCGCGGGCGGCCCAAGAGGGCCCCGACGCUCGAGGCUGCGCAGGCGCAGGAGCAGCUCCCGGCGAGUCCCGACGGCGGCUGCGGUGACUGAGAGGGGCCGGGGCGUGGAGCUGCGGUGGUGGCGGCGGGCGGCAACGGAGCAGCCAUGAGGGCCGGGCCCAGUCACCGACAUGUGAGCCACUGCCCCUUCUUGUGUUGAUGCUGAUCUGCCAUGCUAGCCUGUCUACCAGGGCCAGGUGACCUGUCCUUUCAGCUUCCUUCUCACACGCAGAUGAACACUGGACUUCAGAAAUGGGACACUACACAGAAAAUGAGAACUGCUCACUAUCCUACCCCAGCCGAAUUGGACGCGUAUGCUAAGAAGGUCGCAAACAACCCACUGACUAUAAAAAUCUUCCCCAACAGUGUGAAGGUUCCCCAGCGGAAACACGUUCGUCGUACUGUGAACGGCCUCGACACAUCAGCCCAGCGCUACAGCCCCUACCCGACUCAGGCUGCCACCAAGGCAGGCCUGCUUGCCAUUGUCAAAGUGCCAGCCAAAAGCAUACUCAAGGACUUUGACGGCACCCGAGCCCGAUUGCUCCCUGAGGCCAUCAUGAACCCCCCAGUGGCACCCUAUGCUACUGUGGCACCCAGCACUUUAGCUCAUCCCCAGGCCCAGGCUCUGGCCCGCCAGCAGGCCCUGCAGCAUGCACAGACCCUGGCCCAUGCCCCUCCCCAGACGCUGCAGCACCCUCAGGGUAUCCCACCACCCCAGGCACUGUCCCACCCUCAGAGCCUCCAACAGCCUCAGGGUCUGGGCCACCCUCAGCCCAUGGCCCAAACCCAGGGCUUGGUUCACCCUCAGGCCCUGGCUCACCAGGGUCUCCAGCACCCCCCCAACCCCUUGCUGCAUGGAGGCCGGAAGAUGCCAGACUCAGAUGCGCCCCCAAAUGUGACCGUGUCUACCUCAACUAUUCCCCUUUCGAUGGCGGCCACCCUGCAGCACAGCCAGCCCCCGGACCUGAGCAGCAUCGUGCACCAGAUCAACCAGUUUUGCCAGACGAGGGCAGGCAUCAGCACUACCUCAGUGUGUGAGGGCCAGAUCGCCAACCCCAGCCCCAUUAGUCGCAGUCUGCUCAUCAAUGCAAGCACUCGGGUGUCGACCCACAGCGUCCCCACACCAAUGCCUUCAUGUGUGGUCAAUCCCAUGGAGCACACGCAUGCGGCCACAGCUGCAUUGCCUACCACAGGCCCUGUCAACCUGCCCACAGGCAUCUCUCGAGCCCCCACUGGCUACACUAGCGACCUCAAGCCAGUCGCCUGGAACCAGCACCAGCUGGCCCACCUACAACAGAUGUGCAGCGAGGCUGGUGGGACACCAGCCCCUGGCCUAACAGGCAAGCAUGCAGCAGGACGCGAGUUGGCAGGGCCUGGCUUUGUGGGCAAGGCCCCUGCCUACCCGCAGGAACUCUGCCUGGCACAGUCCUUUCAUCUGAAGCCACCCCUGGAGAAGCCGACCCCAUCCCCACCAGUCAACGGCCUGGCUGCCCCACUGGCCUACCCCAAUGGUCACUAUUUCCAACCCCUGUGGAACAACAUUCUGCCCACUCCCAAUAGCGACAGCUCGGGGUCUCAGGACCUCGCCAUGCCAUUCCACAGUGGGCAGCCCACGGGUGCACCCCUCGACUGUGCAGCAGCAGCCUCUGGGGCCCACUACCGAGCAGGGACUGGGGGUGGGCCAGUGGCAAGCCAGAACAGCUUGAUGCAAACAGUGGAUUACCUAAGCGGGGAUUUCCAGCAGGCCUGCUUCCGAGAACAGAGCCUGGCCAUGCUGAGCAAGGCCCAGCGAGCCCCUGGCAGCCGAGCCCCUGAUCCCACAGAUGGUCGGAGUCUUCAUAUUCAGCACCCAGGGUAUAGAUAGGAAGCCCCGGUGUCCUCUACAAGCAACACACCAUACAUCACCCUCCUAGGUUUAGUCUUACUUUUAAAUAACUGGAUAGUUUCAAAGUUUCACUGCUCCAAUGUGAUCACUCCUAGAUGUCUGGGAAAGGGAAUUUGGUGGGAUAUAAUUGAGGACGGAAAAGGGGUCCUCUCAUCCUCCCCUCUGGCAACUUUCUGUUUUUAUGUUAGAACCUAACCACAAACCCUGAUUUUUCUCUCUGUUCCCUGCCUGUCCCCUCACCUUGACCAUUUUGACCAACCUCCUCCCAUCUUCCCGAACCUCUCUGUUUUCCUUAGGACUGAAGUGUAGGCUAAGGGAAAGGCCCUAGGUGACAUAGCCGUAGGUACCCGGGCCCCUGAGCUAGGCCUCUCCCUGUCUCUUUGGGACUAAGAAGCCAGACUUUCCAAGUGCUCUGGAAGCGAAUUCUUUAUUUGCCCAACGAUCUUAAAAUCAAAAUUGACCCAUUAUUUACUUCCUCCCUGCUCCUUUCCAUUCCUCAAGGCUUUGUUUUGUAUCCACAUUGAUCCCGGAGCCUCUACGCUGUUCCUCACCACGCUGGACCACAAGGGCAUCCUGCAGGUAUUUGGCCAUAGCCUUGAGACAUGGGGGGAAAGUCUAUCUUUAUAUUGACGUCUUGGUCCCUGACUCCCCUUUCCAGAUGUGGGCAAGAAGUGCAUGCCCAACUUGCUCUUGCCUUUGUCCUAACUUACCUGCUGCCCUCAUCCCUUACCCUUCCUUUCUCCCUCUAAAACAAAAAAACAAAGAAACAAAAAAAUAAAAUAAAAAUAAAAAUAAAAAAAAAAACACAAAAACCCUACACUUACUUGAGGAAUUAGGUAGAUGAGGGAUGAUCACAUUGGAGUUUGGAAUUAAAAACACCAAAAAAAAAAAAAAA